CUCAGUUCCACGCGCAUGUCCGGUGAACUCAUGAAUAUUCAUGUUUGCUCCGCCCACUAAAGCCGAAAAUCUCGUAGCAACGGCAAACAUUCAGAAGGCGGGACCAGCGAUGAAACGGUAACUUUAAUUGGUUAAACUCCAGGUGAGUGACAACUCAACUAUAUCCAAUGAACAAUGAAAUGAGGCUGCCUGUCUUGACCAUAGACGGUCUUGACUGGUGGACUUGGACCAUAGACAGUAAAAUAAAGACUAGUGUACAGUGGAUGUUGUUGGGGAUUCAUUAUAUUAUUUGUGCCGUCUUUCCUGUGGUUCUCAUGUCUCGUGUCUUCGUCUACGGGACGCUGAAGAAAGGCCAGCCCAACUUCAUGAUGCUGGAUGCGGCUAACGGCCGCGCAGAGUUCCUCGCUCGUGCCCGAACUGUAGAGCGAUACCCGCUCGUGAUCGCCACUAAAUACAAUAUCCCCUUCCUGCUGAACGUGCCCGGGAAGGGUCAGCGUGUCCACGGUGAAAUCUACAGCGUGGACCAGCAGAUGCUGCACUUCCUGGACAGGUUUGAGGGCUGUCCGGAGAUGUACCAGCGCACUACAGUCCAGCUGGAGGUGCAGGACGGGGACGGUGAAGGGGAGAACACACUGAAGCCUGGAAGCCUCGUGGAGACAUUUGUGUACAGCACGACUACAUACCAACCCGAGUGGCUCCAGAAACCAACAUAUGAGAAUUAUGAUUCGAAAGGUGAUCAUGGACUGGAAUAUGUUUCUGGUGAGGGCAGAAGCCCCCAGUAAAUACUGUAAUGGUAUCAGUUCACAGGGUCUAGAAUUUCACAUUUUACCACACCUGCCAGUGUCAUGUCACUUUCCAUUCAGGUGUUUUACAAAAAAAGAAAAAGAAAAAAGAAACCCCAUAUUUUGCAGCAUUAUGUUUUAUUAGAUAUAUAUUUCUGUUUUUAUUACAAUGAUAUUUAGCUAAUUAUUCCCUUGCAUAUAAGUGACUAAU